AUGGCUGACAAAUUUGACGUGUCUGAAGUUGAAAAAUUUGACAGAUCAAAACUGAAAAAAAUUACUACCGCAGAAAAAAAUACACUUCCAUCAAAGGAAACCAUCCAACAAGAAAAGGAGCUCAAGGAGAAAACAACAUAA